AUGGAUUGGAAGAAUCUGCGCAACAGUGGAGCCUUGGACCUGAAUGUCUUGCGCUGCUUUUUGCGAGACAAAAACUAUUGUCCCAGUCCACAUAUCGAUCACCGACUGUAUGCUCCCAAUGGGCCGCGUCGUGGAAUUCCGUUAAAUGUCAAGAACCCAAUGUCCCUAUACAAAGGUGGAUUUAGCAAGCACCGCGAAACUGUCUUUAUAAUUCACGGAUUCAAUGGAACUGCCAUAGAUAUUCACCUGCAAUUUCUUAGGGAUGCUUACUUAUCGCGCGAUUUCAAUGUCAUCACCGUGGACUGGCGACCUUUGACCCGCUAUCCGUGCUACCUCCACUCGCUUAUCAACACCAGAUUGACGGCGCAGUGCACCGCCCAGAUCUACGCUUUCCUCACCCACUACGGAGCUGCUCGAGAGCGGAUCACAUGCGUGGGUCACUCCCUGGGCGCCCACAUCUGCGGCAUGAUCAGCAACCACCUGACGCGGAAACAACACCGCAUCAUUGGAUUGGAUCCCGCACGGCCUCUGAUAGAGCGCAUGAAGAGCAACAAAUUCCGGUUGUCCAUCGAUGAUGCCAACGUCAUCCAGGUGAUCCACACCAAUGCCGGAUUCCUGGGCCAGGAGGAUAACUCCGGGCACCUCAACUACUGUGUCAACGGUGGACGCAUACAGCCUUUCUGCAAAGGAAAUCCAAUCAGAAAAUCGCGGUGCUCGCACUUCUUGAGCAUCUGCUACUUGGCCACAGCCACGUUCAAGCACAAGAAGUUCAUGGGAGUUCCGUGUCCCAAUGGCUGCCUGAAUCUCAGUGGAUCCAAGAGGCUGCCAGUAAGCGGAAAGGUGAAUCCCUUCGAGUUUGCCUCGCUGAUAAGGGAGUACCACGUAGGCAACGACGCCCCCGAUGACGCCCGAGGCUGCAUUUGCAUUGAUGUGCCGUAUGCCAAGCACUGCCCCUUUACGGACGCGUAGGAGCUGGUCUUCAGUAGGUUGUAAUUCUUC